AUGGGCAGGGCCUGGCUGUCACCCCGCAGCGUCCCCUGCACCCCUCCACCAUCGGCUGGAAUCCACUCCCACCCGCUGCAGGGCCCUGAGAUGCAAAGCUGGUGGCUUCUGCGGAAUAGAAAGGCAACUGUUCAGACCAGGCCCUUCAGCUGCCAAAAAUGUGGAGUGUUCGCUGUCUGCCCCCGGCCCGCCGACCAGACCCGGGCCCUGUGCCCCCAGCCUAGGCCCCUGCCUGGCACUCUGCAGGUGAAGCACGCACCCCGCCCCUCUGGCCCCGCGGCCUUCGCUGGCACCUGCCUCUGCAGGACUGGCCACCUCAGGCUCCACCCGGCACUGCGCUGUCCCGAAGGCCCCGUGUGGUUCUAG